AUGUCCCAAGCAGCUUUGAAUAUGCUGCCGGGCCGAGAUCGAUUGUCCAAUUCCGAUAUCUUCCUAUCAACUUUGACUGCUGAACCGCCCUCCCAGAUGCUCGAUAGCGUGAACUGCGACGCCAUCUUCGCUGAUGAUCCCACUGCGGCAGGCCCUUUCGCAAACUACAUUGCAUUCCUGUCAUCGAAUCAGUCCGGAUUUCACGAUGAGGGCGGCCAUGAGGAUCAAGAUUGGGGCAUCAUUUCCGAUCCUGCUCAGCACCAGUAUAAUCCUUCACUCAUAUCCACUAUCGACGAGCAGCUCCAGAGGAACCAAUUUUCAAAUUCUGAUUCGAAAAGAGGCGGAGCCGGUGACACAAUCGGUGGCCUUCUCAAUUUAACUAGCCCAUCAACCGCGACCAGUGAUGUGGGGACUAUCUCAGCUAACACUCAACCGACAGAACACGGCUCCUCAACCCGAAAGUUGCGGAGGCAAAAUCAUUCGUGUGACCAAUGCCGGUCAUCAAAGAGAGCCUGUGAUCUACCGAUGACGGUCCGUAUCAGCCAUAAAAAACCCUCGACCAGCUGUUCGACUUGCAAUAAUCGUGGCCGAUCAUGCACAGUGAUGUGGCUGGCAGGCAAGAAGUCGAAAAGUUAUGCCAAAAAAGGAGCGAACGCGGUCUCUUAUGUGGCGGAAGCAGAUGACACAGAUGCCGAAAAGCAACUGACAGAUCGCGUGCGGCAUCCUACUCCAGGAGAAAUAUCAAGUGUUGAAUCAGAUCUGUCCAAGCAGGUUGAUUCACGCGAGAUAAGUCUCCAAUACUUCAAUCUCUAUGUCGACGUGUGUGAUAUGCCAAUCUCGGAAUGUCUCCUGCAGGGUAGCAUGCCACCUCAAUACGGUCGGGGCAUUGCGGCUUUGGCACCGCUGAGCGCAAGCCAGAAUCUGGCCAUUUACCUAAAGAAGGCGAACGCAUGGAUCAGUAGUUGUUGGGAAGCAAAUUCGGAAUCAGAUUUGUGGUCCUCUAAUGCAGCAGCACCCCAUGCAUUUUGCACCGUCACCCUCUUAGACGCCCUUUUCCAGGGCAGAGGCUACAAGAAACUCCCGCACAUGCCAUCGUCCCUACGUGAUGCCUCGAUCAAUGAUGCAUACAAAUGGGUCGCCAUUGCCACUGCAGCGCAAUUCACUAUUGACACCAAUCGGUCUGCAAGUUAUAGCCGUGACCUUGCCAUCGUCACUUGGCGCAAAGCUAGAGCGAUAGUCUUUAAGAAUAUGGCGGCCACCGACUCAUUCCGACAGUCCUUGUCGAUGAUAUUAUUUGGUCUAAUUAUCCGGCCCAAUAUAAGCCCUGACGAAGACAAUGUUUCAGAGACAGACUCUGUCUACGCUCUGUGUGAAGGGAUUCGUCGUCUUGACUCGCUCUGUGCCAAAGCAAGCAGCCAUCUCCAAGAGAUGAAAGAGAAUUGCCCCUAUUCAGGCGGAAACUUGACAUGGGAAUUGACCUCGGAUGUAAUCGACAAUCUUCUAGACUUGGUCUAUGCCAUUCAAUGGCUGGUCUAUAUCGCAAAUGAUGUGGCGGUUGUCACCUCACGGGGAGAGAUUUGUCCAAUGCCUAAUGAACCCACUGAACUCGAUUUCAGGUGUCCCCAAAGAUUUAUGGGCGCUCUUCAAACACCGGAUAUAGCAACCUCCGUUACUGUGCACGAAGACCAGGAUAUUGAAAAUUCAAUUCUUUCCCGGGCCAUGACGGAGCGACAGACUUUGAUGGUGCUCGAGUGCAGUAACAUCUCUUACAAUGAAGUGAAACAGGCAGUAAGAGAUUCGGCUCCUUUGCUUAUCCUCAUGUGGAAGGCAUUGGCAUCUUUCAUGCUAGUCAACAAGACUGUUAAAACGGGGAAGGCCGACUACAAAAUCAUUGCGUCGCGCUACGAGGCAACCAUGAAUCUCGUGGCACUGUGGAGGUCGAGUUUCGGCAUAUUUGACGGCAAAUCAAUUAAAUACCUUCAGCAGUCGCCAUCCGAGCUUCGACGCAUAUUGGCGUUUUGCGUGAAUGAUGGUGACCUCGGUGUUCUUCUCCUCUACGAUACCGCGCAGAAGCUUGAGAAGGAUCUUGCAGAGAGGCCCCCGACGCCAGAGAAGAACAUUCUCUGCAAUAUUCUUCAUGCCACCGGCUCUAGUCUAAAAAGCCAAAGGUUCAUGAGUGCAGUCCAAAUUUCUACACUUGCUUCCAUAUGCGGAAGAGCUUCAAGCCCGGGGUUUGAAGAGAAUGGUGGACUAAAGACAUAUGUUCAGGAUAUUGGAGCACAUCCUAAUCCAAUGAUGGUUGUACAAGCACAAACAUUGUCUGCAAGGGCUUUGGCUGAUGGAGUGUCUGAUCGAGUCAACGAAAUGGACACGACGGGCGCCUCAAAAAUGGCGAGUAAAUUAGAGGCGUGCCUUAAAACUUUACGGGACCUCCAGAACACUCUUACCACGUUCCCAGACGUUUCUGUCGCGGCAUGA